AUGGCAUUUUGGAAAUGUGCGUGGAUAACGAUGGGAUCUGCUGCUGCUGGCUAUUUAUUUACUCGUUCCAUAUAUGACGAGAAAUAUUCAUUCACCGAGCUUUUAAAAUCAUAUAAAAAUGAAAAUAAUACACCAUUUCUUACUUCAAUACAUUCGAAAUCGUUAUAUGAAAAUGGAUUAACUCUUGCUGAAUUACGUCCUGCAAAUAGUAUUGACUUUGAUAAUCAAAUUUCUACUACUUAUUUCGAUCGAUUACCUCGUGAAAAAUGGGUCAAAAAUUGGGACGAACGAGAGCCAAUAAAUUUAAUAGAAAAUGGAACGAAUCUCAACGAAGAUCAAAAGCAGGAAAUGUUAGCUAAAUUUACACCAAAGGCUACGCGUAACAUUUUUCUUAUACGGCAUGGACAAUAUCAGAUGGAUUCUAAACCGAAGAUAUUAACUCCUUUGGGUCGAGAACAGGCAACUCUUCUUGGCAAAAGGUUAGCAGAAAGUAAAUUUAAAUUCGAUAAAUUGACCAUGUCAACAAUGCCAAGAGCAAUGGAAACUGCCGAACUUAUUUUGGCUGAACUUCCUCCAAUUCCUUCAACAACAGAUACCAUUCUGGAAGAAGGAGCACCUUAUCCUCCAGAGCCUCCUAACGCAUUUAGCGCAAAAUACAAGUAUUUUUCGGAAGGAUCGAGAAUUGAAGCGGCCUUUAGAAAAUAUAUUCACCGUGCGAGCGUAAAACAAACAAAAAAUAGCUUCGAAAUAAUUGUAUGUCAUGCGAAUGUUAUUAGAUAUUUCGUUUGCAGAGCACUUCAGUUUCCUCCUGAAGGAUGGUUGCGUAUGUCCUUAGGUAAUUGUUCAAUAACAUGGAUUAUUAUCACACCCAGCGGUCAUGUUCAUUUACGUUUGUUAGGUGAUAUUGGUCAUUUGCCCUCAGAUAAAGUCAGUUUUUCUUAA